CGUGGUGACAGCCAUUCGUCCCAAAGCAUGUGAACGCAUCAGCCAACCGGCGUUGUUUACACGAGAACUCCAACAUGGCGGCUGGUAGCGAGUCGCUGGAGUCUUGGCUGAACAAGGCCACCAGUCCUUCCAACCGACAAGACGACUUGGAGAAUAUUAUGGGAUUCUGUAACCAAAUCAACAAGGAGCUUGAGGGACCACAAAUAGCCGUUCGACUGUUGGUACACAAGAUCCAUUCACCACAAGAAUGGGAGGCACUACAAGCCUUGACGGUUCUGGGAGCCUGUAUGAAGAAUUGCGGUCAAAGGUUUCAGAAUGAAGUGGGGAAGUUUCGUUUUUUAAAUGAGCUCAUUAAAGUGAUAUCACCCAAAUGUCUAGGAGACAAAGUUUCUGAGAGGAUGAAGUCGAAAGUGAUCGAGAUGAUUUACAGUUGGACCCUUUAUCUUCCCGAGGAAACCAAAAUCUGUGAGGCUUACCAGAUGUUAAAGAGCCAGGGGAUCGUACUAGCUGACCCUGAGAUCCCUCUUGAUGCUACAAUAGUCCCAUCUUCUUCCGAGAAGCCCAAGAAUCCGGUGUUUGUUGAUGAGCAGAAAAGCAAAAAGUUAGCAGAGCUGCUCAAGAGCAAAAAAUCAGCAGAUCUGCAGGAGGCUAAUCGACUCAUCAAGAAGAUGGUAAAAGAGGAUGAAGUGAGGACACAGAAAGCCUCAAAGCAGAGUAGCACAGUGGAGGCAGUAAACAACCGUGUCAAACUUCUUAAUGAGAUGCUUGCUUACUUCAGUCCUGAAGGUUCAACUGAUGGUGACAAGGAUAUCAUCAGGGAGUUGUACAGCGAGUGUGACAAGCUGAGACAAACAUUGUGUCAGCUCGCUACAGAGACUGAUGAUAACGACACUUACUUGGGAGCCAUCCUGCAAGCUAACGAUGACCUCUCCAAUGUCAUUAAUUCUUAUAAAAAGAUAAUCGAAGGCCAGACCAUCAAUGGAGAGACUAAAACACAAUCAUCAGUCACACAAGACACCAGCCGCCCAGCUGAAUCAGAGAGUCUUAUUGAUUUAACAGAUCUGGACAAUCCGGGUGUGUCCAAAGUACCUUUCGCAUUGUCUAUGUUUUCGCACGUUGACCUUUUGUGUGGAUCCACUGUGGCAGAAGAAGAGUCCGACAAAGCCUCUGCAUCAUUCUCUCUGCUAGACAAAGAGCUGCUGUCUUUAGGGCUCAAUGGGCUUGUUACGAAUGAAUCAGCGCAACCUCGAAAUGUGAGCAAUUGUCUACACCCAUUUCAGAAUUGCAGUCAGGAUGUGGACCGUUUUGACACCACUUCACCUGCAGGUCCUGUGUUCUUCACUACUCCGCCCUCUUCAAGUUCCUCCGUCUUUGGCUCAGUGUUUCCUAGAGCUCCACUGCCAUCUGUCACACUCCAACAUCCACCAGUCGGCCCGGUCUCGAGUUCAACAGUGCCAGCGGCUCUUCCUCACUCACGCAGCACAGUACUAUUGCCUCCAGCAACUCUCCAUGUUGCCACCUCACAGAUCUCCACUGCAGCACAACCGUCACAGUCUGAACCAGCCCCUCUGGGUCACAGUCUACGAGACGUGACCCUGCUUGAUUUCAGCAGUCCUAAAUCGGGACCCCAGGUGCUCAAUGACAAUACACAAGCCAAGCGGGAGGAUACGUCUUUUCCUGCCAACCCACCGUGCCAAGGCGGCAUGCCCAACUGCCCCCCAGCCAGAUGUCAAGCGGAUAAUGCUCUGUUACACUCCCCGAACCCCAUCAUCGUACAAAGUCAGAACAAUUUAGGAGCGGGACAUGACGCGUCCCUUGCUAAUGUCUUUGUACCACUGGAGGCUGUCAGACCAAGUAAGCUGUGUCCUGUCACAGUGUACGAUGGGAGCGGUGUUCACGUGCUGCUACAUUUUGCUCGUGACUGUCCACCCGGCAGGCCGGAUGUUUUGGUGAUUGUUGCCUCCAUGCUGAAUACAUCUCCACUCCCUGUCAGUGACAUUGCACUGCAGGCUGCAGUUCCGAAGACGAUGGGAGUAAGACUGCAGCCACCCUCGGGUACACACUUGGCUCCCUUCAACCCCAUCAUACCCACUGCUGUCAUCAGUCAGGUCAUGCUGCUUUCCAAUCCUCACAAGGAAAAAGUUCGGAUGAGGUUCAAGCUGACCUUCACGCUGGGAGAGCAACUCCGCACAGACAUCGGGGAAGUUAAUGACUUUCCGCCUCCUGACAGAUGGGGUGUUCUAUAGCCUCCCUUUCCUCAUUUAGUGGACCUCUUAAACAAUUUUAUUUUCCCUGUUGGUCUUUAGAAAGAAACACCUUUAGGGAAUGUGUCUGCAUCAUUUAAUGUAAACUUGAAUAGUCACUGCAUUGCAGUUCAACGUUCAAUGCCGUGGCCAAGCGCUGUAGCAAUUGAAGGCGUGUCACAUACUGUUCGCGUUCAAUCAAGUGAAAACAAAGUCAGGCUGUGGUCGAUCAGUUCAGAAAUAUUGACUGUGACUCUGUGGAUGCAUUGUUAAAUAUAUCCGACCGAUGCAUACAAAAGGAUGUUUUGUAAAAUGAGAUAGAUUUUAAGUCGGUUCACUGCUUUUAAUAUUUAUUCACACACACUAUUUAUUGUUUUUUGGUGGAUGGAAGAAUUUCAAUAUUUUAACUUAAUAACUUACUGUUACAUAUAGGCUAUUCAGGCUCUGAUAUGAACAUGUAAUUCAUGUCAAGUAAAAUGUUUCCUGACAAAAGAAUGUAUCGUCUUAAGCUGAAGGGUAAUGAUGGGCUACUAUGUGCCAACAGUUCAUUUUGCCAAUUGUUUUCUAUGUGAAAAAAAUAUCUGUGUAUAUUUUGGUGAUGAAACCACCAUACUCAUCAAUG